CUUCCUUCAGCUAGAUUGUGCUAGCUUGUUAGCUUGCCAGAACUUUGGCCGCCUGGAAUUGUCACUGUGUCGCCUGCGUCUCUUCAUGCGCAAUGACCUUCGGGGACAGCCCGUUUCAUCGACACCUGCUGGCACUCAGUGCUGAAUAUGAGCGCGUGGUCAUCGAAAAUGGAGAGCUGCGAAAAGAGAUGCAAGAGGAUGGCAGCCUAUCUCUGUUGAGGUUGCGACGGCAGGAGGAUUCUCCUCCGCCCUUGCAGCCCAUAACAGCCUACGUCGCCACCCCGGAUGCCAGCACGACACUGGAACUCCCUGGCAUUGUCAGUGACAGCUUGAUGACCUUGCAUGACGUCAGUCGCGGGGUGCCUGCAGCCCCUGGGACUCCAAGUGCCAUGCCGAAGUCCCUGAAGCGGCAGGGCUCCCGUGUUGGUGGGGAGAAGAAGGUAGCGGUGGAUGACGAGGAGACAGAGGCGGGUUCGGUCUUCUUGCUCUUGUUAGACGUGAUCCCUGCUGUGGUGAUCCUGCUCAGCGCUGCCAUUGCUGGCAUCAGCUUGGACAACGAUCCAGAAGCUGAUAUUUGGAAGGUCUUUGAAGUGUGCUUCACGCUCUUCUUCAUUGGCGAAACCUGGCUGUGCAUUGAUGGGUUGAACAAGUUUGUGGAUAUAGACCAGUUCUUGAU